AUGCUGUCUGGAAAGGUGGGUGGCGCCGCGCAGCGGGCAGAGCGCGGGUCCGCGGGUUGGGUGCAGAGUGUGUGGCACCGGCUCGGCGCGCUGCGGUCCCGGGCUGUCCUCGCGGGGAGCGUGCGUGUCUGGGUCUUUAAGAUGCUGAGCAAUAAGGAGUCUCUGGAUCAGAUCAUUGUGGCCACCCCAGGCCUCAGCAGUGACCCCAUUGCUCUCGGGGUUCUCCAGGACAAGGACCUUUUCUCUGUCUUUGCUGACCCCAACAUGCUCGACACGUUGGUGCCCGCUCACCCGGCCCUAGUCAAUGCCAUCGUCCUGGUUUUGCACUCGGUGGCAGGCAGCACGCCGCUACUGGGGGCUGACUCCUCUUCCCGGAGCACGCCCUCCAGCUCUUACCGGGACAUGCCAGGUGGCUUCCUCUUUGAAGGGCUCUCUGAUGACGAGGACGACUUUCACCCGAGGGCCAGGUCCACGCCCUCCAGCAGCACCCCCAGCUCCCGCCCAGCCUCCCUGGGGUACAGUGGAGCUGCUGGACCCCGGCCCAUCACCCAGAGUGAGCUGGCCACAGCCCUGGCCCUGGCCAGCACUCCAGAGAGCAGCUCGCACACGCCGACUCCUGGCACCCAGGGCCAUUCCUCUGGGACCUCACCAAUGUCCUCUGGUGUCCAGUCAGGGACGCCCAUCACCAAUGACCUCUUCAGCCAAGCCCUACAGCAUGCCCUGCAGGCGUCUGGGCAGCCCAGCCUUCAGAACCAGUGGCAGCCUCAGCUGCAGCAGCUGCGGGACAUGGGCAUUCACGAUGAUGAACUGAGCCUGUGGGCCCUUCAGGCCACUGGCGGGGACAUCCAAGCAGCUCUGGAGCUCAUCUUUGCCGGAGGAGCCCCAUGAACUCCCUGCUCCUCCUGAGCCCCCAACAAACUGCCAAGGUGUCUGCCUGUGGUAGGCACUCCUGGAAGUGCCCUGUCUCUCCUUUCCCCAAUACACGUGAUGGUUGACCUUG